AUGGCCUCUGAAAAGAACAUUGAAUCGCCAUCAGGCGGAAUCCAAACGUCCGACGACUGCGACUCGACAGAUCUCGGCUCUCAAAACGGACACGCAAACAUAGAGAAGACUUCUGGGGAAGACCAGGAGGUCAAGGAUGGCGGUUACGGCUGGGUGAUUGUAGCAGCAGUGUGCCUUAUAUUGGCACAUUCAUUUGGAAUCAAUUCGAUGUUUGGCGUUUUCUUGGCCUUCUAUCUCAAGUCGAAUACUUACCCCGGAGCUACUCCCUUGCAGUUUGCUUUCAUCGGAGGUCUUUGCUUCUCCGUCGCUUUCCUCGUCCCCCCGUUCGCGGCCAUCUUAUCCCGCCGGUUAGGCGUUCGAGCAGCCGUCAUCAUUGGAGGCGCCUUCAUAGCAGGCGCCUACAUCGCAGCGUCCUUCUCCAAGACCAUUUGGCAACUCAUCCUCAGCCAAGGCGUCUGCUACGGCAUCGGAAUGGGCAUCUGUUUUAUCGGCACGGCCUCCAUAGUGCCCCAGUACUUUACAAAGAACCGAUCCUUGGCUGUCGGGAUAGCCACAGGAGGGACUGGCUUGGGCGGUCUUGUUUACUCUCUCGCCGCAAAUGAGAUGAUUCAUUCACGCCUCGGUAUCCAGUGGACGUUCCGAAUCAUGGCCAUCAUCUGCUUUGUCGUGAUUACGGCAAGUGCUCUGUUCCUCGAAGACCGCAACGAGAAACAAAAGGCUACGGCCAAGGCGAUUGAGUGGAAGCUUUUCAAGAUGCUCGACUUUUGGCUGUUCCUCGGAUGGCUGUGGCUGUCCAGCUUCGGUUAUGUCGUCGUCGUCUUUUCUCUUUCCGCCUAUGCUCAGGAGGUCGGGUUCACAGCUGAGCAGGGCUCCCUGGUCUCUGCAAUGUUCAACCUGUCGACUGGUAUUGGCCGCCCAAUUAUCGGCCUGCUAUGUGACAGAUUUGGCGAGAUUCGCGUGACGACGAUAGGCACCUUGAUCUCAAGUCUAAUCACCUUCUUUCUCUGGAUAUUUGGAGGCAAGACAUAUGGAGGUCUAAUGGUGUAUGGCCUUUUGGGCCUGUUUCCGAGCCUCCUGUGGGCCACGUUCGUGGUCGUGGCCGCCAAAGUCUUUGGUUUGAAAAUGAUGCCGGCCGCUAUAUCGCUCUCCAUCUUGACUCUGUCACUCCCCUAUACCUUUGCGGAGGCGAUCGGGCUCAGCUUGCGAAAGUCCGGCCCGAAUGGGUUUCUGGACGUUCAAAUCUUUGCAGGUGUCAUGUUUGCCGCAUCGACUGUUUGCUGUAAGUUCACGCAUUACUGCAGGCUGUACGCUAGCUAA